AUGGAUAGGCAAAAUAGUGAUAUGGUAGAUAAUGUAAACGGUAUGGAACUGGAAGGUGGUAAUAAGAAGGACAAUGUGCCGACGCGAUCUAAAACAAGUGUAAGCAGCGGCAAUAUCGCUGUUGGUGGAAAAAACUCAGGUUCAUUAAAUGCAGCGAGCCUGGUUAUGGCUCAUAAGCCAAUAUCAACCUCAUCACCAGAAGCCUUGGCUGCAGCUCAGCAAGUGACGCCGAAAAAGUUGGCUCAGCUGCUGUUGUCUAAGGGACCACUUGCAAUUCGGUAUAUAACGCAGGCGUUAACUGAAGAAAUUCCAAGCUUCAAGGACCUAUCGGCGUCUAAGCAGAGAAGAUUAAUAAUGAGUGCACUUGAAGCAGGAGACCAGGAAAAUUCUGUUGUAUUUGCUAAGAUUGGAUGGGGUCAAUGGUCUGCGAAACCUGUUAAACCGCAUUUGUUUGUGAAAGAACGAGAGAUGACAAAUCUAGCAAAUAGUAAAGUAAAGGAUAUAAUGUCUCAAGAAAGCCGUCGCCGAAGUAGUAGUAGCAAUACAAAGAAACAAGUAAAGUCUGGAUCUUUCUUGAAAGAAAUGAAGAAGCCGCUAGUGAAUGCUCAAACAGGUAUUUACAUUGACGAAAACGCUCUAGCAUCAGAUGAGGAUGAUGACGAACAGGGCGAUGAUGCAGAACCAUUGAACUACGAUACUUUCCGAAGAAGACAAUCUAGCGUUGUUGCUAUUGAUCCACCUCCACAGGAAAAAGGCGACGCCAAUCAUGCAUUGUUGAGAUCUAUGAUAACUAAGCCCAAUAGUGGAAGUACCACUAAUAAUCGUCGUCGCUCAUCAUCGAAAAUAAGAUCGGUCUCAGUGUCGAAGCCAGGUACCUACAAAGCUCCUGUGCUAACGAACGACUUCGUGGAUAGUGGUGCUCGAAGGCUCUCUUCUCCUUUUACUGAGUACCAAAGUAAGAGCAUGAUCGAACUGGUUGCGCGAGAAGAAAUUUCCCCUGACGAGUUACUAAGUGGCGGCAUAUCUAGUACUGCUAAGGGAACUGCUAGGCGUACAAGUGGUGUCACAAGGCGGGACGCGAGAGUCUCUUGCAGCAAGGAGUCAUCAAUUAGAUCUACCCUACUUUUGCAUAAUAACUACAAGAUUGUAUCACCUUCACAUUCUGCAAUAAAAGAAUGUGCUGCAGUGCAGCCGAUAGUGAACAUCAUUGGGGAUAGUGAACAGGAUCAUGAAGAGAUUCCUCCUCCAAUGAAACUAGAGCCCCAGCAUGUUAUACGUGACACCGAUCAUUCUGAUACCGAUGAGGAGGAUUGGGCUAGUAUAGGCGCCCCUGCUUUGCGUAAUAAUAGUUUGCACAAUGCUUUGUCUUCUCCUAUUCCACGCCAAGGAAACUCUACGUCUGCUGCUGCCCCUAAGGCUGAAUCCUCCCAAACCUCUCCGAGGUCUAGCUCUAACAAUCACGUGCAAAUAACUCAAAAUGCAUUUCACCUAUCAUCAGAUUAUCGCCAGCAACAACAACAACAACAACAACAACAACAACAACAACAACAACAACAACAACAACAACAGCAGCAGCAACAACAGCAGCAGCAGCAGCAGCAGCAGGAAGUGAGAUGUACUACUGGUCACACGCCACCACCGGAUACCGAAGACGCUGCCUUCCUUUUAAUGAGCCUGAAGUCUUAA